AUGCGUCACAUUCGCCCACUAGACGAAGCCGUGGCGAAUCAGUACUGCACGAACCUUGUAGUCAACAGUCGCUACACGAUACAGAACUUCCUCUUCAAGAACCUCUACGAGCAGUUUCGCCGUCCUCUCAACUUUUACUUCCUACUCGUAGCUAUGCUGCAGUUUAUCGCGGUUAUUGCACCGGUCAAUCCGCUCUCCACGCUGCUGCCACUCCUUUUCGCCUUCACGCUGACCGCUGUAAAGGAAGGCUACGAUGACGUAAAGCGGCACAGGCAGGACCACACGUACAACCAUACGCACCGCAUGGUGCUGGACGCCAAGAAUUCUGCCUGGGUUUCACACAUCAACGCAGAAAUUCGCGUCGGGGAUGUACUGUUGCUGCGCGAGAAUGAGGAAGUUCCGUGCGACGUUAUUGUCCUCGGAGCUACCUCGGCAGUGUACAUCCGCACUGACAACUUGGAUGGCGAGAUCGACCUGAAGUCAAAGGAGAUGGUUCAGUGGUCUACGAUAGACCCAGACAGCCACUCGCGACGCACGUACGCGGUUUGCGAGGUCCCUUCGCAGACAGAGCCGCCGCCCGCCUUGAGUAUCGUUGCUGCCGUCUCAGACCUUUGCCUAGUGUGUCCUCCGCCGUCAUCGAUCAUUGACUUUUUCGAGGGCCGCGCGGACCUUCCAUCUAAGCCACAAGGGACUGUCUCUGACGCAGGCACUGCAGCGGUGCAAGUCCCCCUCACCCACCAUCAUCUCCUCCCGCAGUCGUGCGUCCUGAAGAACGUCGCGCAGGCGGUCUGCGUCGCGGUGUACACGGGCGAUGACACGAAGUGUGGCAUGAACAAAGGCGAGGCGCCGGUGAAGUGGGCACAAAUUGACAAGGACGUCAGCCGCUACUCCGUUUAUAUUUUCGUGUGCCAAAUACUGAACGCCGUCAUCUUUGGCUUUAUUGGGUUUCAGGCGAACCGCAGCGCGCAUGAAACGGCCUGGUACCUGCCGCUGCCAGCGAACGAAGCCAGCGCGUCGGCUCUUAUUUACCCGCUGCGCUUCUUCCUGCUAACGACGGUAAUGAUCCCCGUCUCAUUCAAGUUUGUUGUGGACGUGUGCAAAUACUACAUGGCGUGCGCGGUUGAGUGGGACGUCGCAAUGAUGCACGCGACAGCAACGACGGCGGCGCGGCAGCUGCCGGAGUCGUCGGCGUGCAUUGGAUGCAAGGCACAGAACUCGAAUAUCCUCGAGGACCUGGGUCAGAUCGACUACGUCCUGUCUGACAAGACUGGGACUCUCACACAGAACAUGAUGGAGCUGGACUCCGUGACCAUCUGUCCUGGCCACCACCUCUCGGUGUCCAACAUCUCGGGCACAUGGUCGACUCUGCCGGAGGAGCUUAAGAAGCACAACCCCACGACGCUUGCGGCAGUGCAGCAAUUUGCGCAGAUGGUUGCCCUGUGCAACACUGUGGAGGUUGUGCAUCCCCAUGCAUCUGCAGGCGAGAGCGCAAGUGUUGCGGAGAUUGCCUACCACGCUGCGUCUCCAGACGAGGUUGCUCUCUGUCUGGGGAUGCGCAAAUUGGGGGUAUCACUCGUGUACCGCGACGAAUAUCGCGUCGUGCUUCGCAUGCACCGUGGUCUAGACGGCAGCCACUAUGACUACGGGGUGCAAGUCGCAGCGAAAGACGGCGAGGAGGAGGACGAGCGGACUUGGGCGGUACACCACAUCUUUCACUUCUCCUCUGAGAAGAAGACGAUGGGGAUCGUUGUGGAGGAGCCCGACUCUGGUCGUAUUUGGUUCGUUGUGAAAGGCGCUGACGAUCGGGUGAUGGCAAUGGCCUCACCGGCGCCGUCAUCCUCGAUCGAUUCAGUGCACUCCACCAGCUCCCCGCUCCAUCCGGAAUGCGCGGAGAAGCUGUCCCUCUACGCUCACCGUGGCCUCCGCACCCUUCUGGUGGCGUGCAGGGAACUCACACGGGGUGAGCUCACCGUUUUUCUACGCAACGUCGCGGAGGCGGGCUGCUUAGUCGAGGGCCGGCAGGCCCAUCUCGACUCGCUACGUGCGCAGAUGGAGUCAGGGGUCACCAUUAUCGGCAUCACAGCCAUUGAGGAUAAACUGCAGGAAAAUGUGCAAGAAACGAUUGGUGACAUGCUCGUCGCCGGCAUCAAGGUUUGGAUGCUGACAGGAGACAAGAUGGAAACUGCCGAACAGAUCGGAUUGUCGUGCGGCCUUUACCGUGCAAGUGAUAUGGUCAUUCGCAUUGGGGAGCGUGCCAGUGAGGUGGCUAAUACAAGCAACUGGCGCCAGAAUCUCUUGGCCUUCCCGAUCGAGCAGUUGCCUCAAAGCAGCGCCGCAGCAGCUCUUGUGUCCGAGCCGACGGCGCAGAUGUGCGGCAAUGCACUGGAGGCGCGCGUGUUGAGUUUUAACGCGAGCGACUUGUCUCAGCUGUCGAACGAGCCGUUGCGUCUCAUGGCGCAGACAGCGGGCGGUAUCGCGGACGGAACUGCGGGCAGCACUGGGGGUGGCAUUUUUGUGAGCGGCGCCGCCGAGCGCAGCGCCGUCCUAGUUAUGGAGGGUGGUACUGUGCUGGACACCAUUCUGCGCGAUCCAAGACUGCGGGCACGCUUCCGCGAACUAUCGAGUCGCUGUCGCAGCGUCAUCUGCGCGCGCACGACACCGAGUCAGAAAGCCGCUCUCACCAAGCUUGUGCGCGAGGAUGGCUAUCUGACACUGUCCGUCGGCGACGGCGGCAACGAUGUUGCGAUGCUGCAGGAGGCACACGUUGGCGUGGGAAUUUCAGGCAAGGAGGGACAGCAGGCCGCGCGUGCCGCAGACUUCUCCAUCACGCAAUUUUCCGACCUACGUACGCUGCUGUUUGUGCAUGGACAGCAGGCGUACAUCCGUACUGCGUACGUGAUCAAGUAUAGUUUCUACAAGUCGAUGCUCAUUUCUUUCAUCCAGCUCGCCUACAAUGCAAUCGGCACCCACAUGUCUGGUGGUACCUUCUGGGACAGCUUUUGUCUUACCAUGUGGAACGGCUUCUACACGCUGCCCCAGACCAUCCUUUACUGCCUUGACCGCUGCGCACCGCGCGUGGUGCUAGAGCGCAAUCCGUACCUCUACAAGAUGACGCGGCACGCUGUCGACAUAUGUCCGAGGAAUUUCUUCGGGUCUUUUGUGUUCCGUGGUGUGUUACAGUCGAUUGGGCUGCUGUGGCUAAGUACCCGACUGUACGGGCCCGACUUCGCAUACGCCGACUGCGGUGGGACAGCGUCGAAUGAUGUGACGUAUAGUGUCGCCUACACGGCCCUAAUGCUCUCCCAGCUGUACACGAUGUGGUGGGAGUCGCACGCUGUCACACCGCUAAACCUCCUCGUACUUGUCGGCAUGCCACUCUUCUACGUGUACUCGACGAUGAUGUAUAGUGACAAUCCGACGCUGCAGUACUUUGGCGUAUUUCGCAAGUUGCUUGACACAACCGGUGUCCUUUCAGCGUUGGGUAUCUCUAUUGCACUGGUGGUACCCAGCAUAAUCUACUUUACAGUACUCGCGUUUCUUCAGCCAAACCCGCGCGAUGUCCUACGCCGAGCUGAGGAUCGUCGUCAGCGCCUGCUGCUGAAGCGGCGUGACUACAAGCGUAUGCAGCCUUUCUGGGUGCGAUGGUUUGGUGCCACGCCAGAGGAAUCGUCCAUAUUGUGUCGGCGGGGCGACACUGAGCUGCAAAUGUAUAGCGACGGAGACCUCAUGGCUUGA